AUGGUUUCUUUCAGCAAACCCCUACCGUCACUCGACUUUGAGUCGACCGUUCGUCUCAUGCUCAUCCUCAACAAUUCCAUCGCCCUGAGCCUCAGCUUCGCCGUGAUGUUUCCGAUUUUCAUCGUCUUGGGGGCAGUGUUGGCUAUAUCCUUGCUUUACAAUCUGUUUGUCAUCCUGCUCAGAAUCCGUCAAAAACGUCCAAGAUGGAGUGACAACAACCGCGACGGCGACGAGGAUAUCCGGUGCCCAUCUAUCUUUCAAUUGGCGAUCGAUACGCUUGGCGUCCUUGCGUUCCUGGUCCUAUACGUCUGCAGCACCAUUGAGACCGCCACCAUGGGGAGCUGGAGAUGGCCUCCAACGAUGUUGAUGGCAUACUCGUCCAUUGGAGCCCUAGUUGCCUUGUAA